CAUAAUAAAGGAAUUGAAGACGAACCGCAUGAUUUGAAUUUCAAUACCUCCCCACCACGAAGACCAGCUUUCACCAUGGGCACGGCAAUGUUCGCGCGGGUUACCUUUUACCCAACUCUCCUGUAUAAUGUGUUGAUGGAACGGGUCACCAGCAGACGCUGGUACGAUAGGAUGGACGAUACGGUCAUCCUCGGAGCCCUCCCUUUUACGGGGAUGACAAAACAGCUGGUUGAGGAGGAAAACAUAAAAGGAGUUGUGUCCAUGAAUGAAACAUAUGAAUUGAAGAUAUUCUCAAAUGAUGCUGAGAAAUGGCGGGAACACGGUGUGGAGUUCUUGCAGCUCGCCACCACAGACAUAUUCGAAGCGCCGGACCAAGACAAACUGUACGAAGGCGUGCGUUUUAUUAAUAGAUUCCUUCCCGAGGGAUGCAAGUUGGGAGGCAUGCCCGCAGAGGCAGGGUCCCGUGGUACUGUAUACGUACACUGCAAAGCAGGCCGCACGAGAAGUGCUACGCUUGUGGGCUGCUACCUCAUGAUGAGAAACGGCUGGUCGCCCGAGGAGGCUGUUGAGUACAUGAAGGCUCGUCGCCCACACAUACUUCUUCACACAAAACAGUGGCAGGCGCUCGAUAUAUUCUACCGCACGCACGUGCGGACAUAGCCUAAUGUCUUUUAGACCUUAUUGAAACCGGCGUUUCAUUUAGUAUAGUCAUAAUUGAUAGACUACGCAGAUAGCCGACCUUAGUACCAAGAUUGCUCGCUCGCAAUCGAGCAGUCGCUCUUGCAUAUGAAACUCUGUAUAGUCAAAGUAAAAUGGACCUAAUGUCACUCGCUUUAGAGUCCCAGAUCCUGUACCUACUCGUGAUUUUCGCAUAUCAAAUUCUGUAUCGUCAAAGUAAAAUGGAUCUAAUGUCACUCGUUUUAGAGUCGCAGAUCGUGAUUUAGGUUUUUCAAUCUUGUUAAAAGCCCAAGCUUAAUAAUUGCAGCAAACUUGUACUAUAAUUAAAUAUGAAUACGAUCCAUUUUACUCUCGAUGUUCAAGUAUCGCCAUACUCGAAAACUUCUUGAUAGCGUACGUUGUAAGCGAGCAAAUAUUGUACUAGGGCUACUGGAGGGAUCUCUGCGUGGUAUAAUAUCAUAACUAUUCGUCGCGACUCUUCGCAGGGCAUGCAAGAAACACGUCCUGUAUUUGCCGCCCUAUGUCCAGCAACCCUCCGUAGUGGUUAUACCUCAUGCUAGCAGUCUAGCUAGCAGUACUUUUACUUAGUAGCAUUUAGCUAGUAGUUAUAUUACUUAGUAGUAUCUAGCUAGUAGUAAUAUUACUUAGUAGUAUUUCUAUAUCUUGUUUCUAGACUUUUUUUAUAUUUUUUAAUCAUACUUUUGACGGCCGAUUGGCGCAGUUUGCAGCGACUCUGC